CGAGAAGAGAAAGCACUUGUCUGGAGCUGUAACUCCAGAUGGCCUGGCCUAAGUUGCGGAUGCUACGCCUGGAGCCCUCCAUGAGUGUGGGGACCAGGGCUCACCAAGUGCCCAGAGCGGUCAAAGGUGAAUUUCUCCUAUGCAGUCUAACCAGCAUCUGACAGUUGGCUGUGAACAUCACACUGGCUAUUCACUGAGUCCCACAGGACACCUGCCUUCUGGACUGAAUAUAAUCCCACUGGCAUUUUGGGAACUUGUACACUUUGCUGAUUUUCUCUAAGAGACCCUACCCUGGGAAGAGAAGGAGUUUUCGGCCGUUUGAACCAAGAUGAACUCAAGGCGUUGGUUCUGUGGCUGCCACCCGACUUCCCUGAGCAGCGGCAUUUGGGGACGUCUCAGUCUGCAAAGCGAACAUUCAGACACCCUGACCGUAAAUGACGAGCAGUGUUUCCUCCUCUCAGAGACUGUCUGGGGCGCCCUCCGAGGUCUGGAGACUUUUAGCCAGCUUAUUUGGAGAUCUCCUGAGGGCACGUUCUAUAUCAACAAGACGGAGAUUGAGGACUUCCCCCGCUUCCCUCACCGGGGCUUGUUGUUGGAUACGUCUCGCCAUUACCUGCCACUGGCUAGCAUCCUGGACACUCUGGAUGUCAUGGCGUACAAUAAAUUCAACGUGUUCCACUGGCAUCUGGUCGAUGACCCCUCCUUCCCAUAUGAGAGCUUCACUUUUCCAAACCUCACCAAAAAGGGGUCCUACAACCCUGCCACCCACAUCUACACAGCACAGGAUGUGAAGGAGGUGAUUGAAUAUGCGCGGCUUCGGGGUAUCCGUGUGUUGGCAGAGUUCGACACUCCCGGCCACACUCUGUCAUGGGGACCAGGUGUCCCUGGAUUAUUAACUCCUUGCUACUCUGGGUCUCACCCUUCUGGCACCUUUGGGCCAGUGAAUCCCACUCUCAACAAUACCUAUGAGUUCAUGAGCGCGUUAUUCUUGGAGAUCAGCUCCGUCUUCCCAGAUUUUUAUCUUCACCUUGGAGGAGAUGAAGUUGACUUCACCUGCUGGAAGUCCAACCCAGAUAUCCAGGCCUUUAUGAAGAAGAAAGGCUUUGGUGAGGACUUCAAGAAGCUGGAGUCCUUCUACAUCCAGACGCUGCUGGACAUCGUCUCUGCCUAUGGCAAGGGCUACGUGGUGUGGCAGGAGGUGUUUGAUAAUAAAGUAAAGGUUCAGCCAGACACAGUCAUCCAGGUAUGGCGAGAAAAGAUGCCUGUAAGGUACACGAAGGAGAUGGAACUGGUCACCAGUGCCGGCUUCCGGGCCCUGCUCUCUGCCCCCUGGUACCUGAACCACAUAACUUAUGGCCCUGACUGGAAGAAUAUCUACAUGGUGGAGCCACUGGCAUUUGAAGGUAGCCCUGAGCAGAAGGCUCUGGUGAUCGGCGGAGAGGCCUGUAUGUGGGGAGAGUAUGUGGACAGCACAAACCUGGUCCCCAGGCUCUGGCCUAGAGCAGGGGCUGUUGCCGAGAGGCUGUGGAGCAACAAGAUGCUGACCAACCUGGACUUUGCCUAUAAACGUUUGGCACACUUCCGCUGUGAGCUGCUGAGGCGGGGUGUCCAGGCCCAGCCCCUCAGCGUAGGCUACUGUGACGUGGAGUUUGAACAAACCUGAGCAAGUACCCCAGGCACCGAGGAGGGUGCUGGCCCUAGGAGAGCGGUAGCGGGGCCAGGCUUCCACUGUACCGCCCCCCCCCAGGGGACGGGGCCCCUUGCCUACGUGCCUGUGUGCCUGGAGACAAGGGGGCUGGUGUUGGUGCUGGUGUCCAAUAAAGAGUGAUGUGGCGUUUUUCUAUAA